CCAUCAAAACGUAUGCAUUUAUAAAUGCCUUAGGAACUUGAGAACCCGACUGAAGUGUCGUAACGGUGCGUAGGUGGCAUAUCUGACGUUUCGCUUAUCAAUCGUGAGGCAUACUUGCAUCGUAUCUCAGGCCUGUGACGAACUCAUUCGUUGCCCGUUCGUUGCGGAGAGCUGAUUCACUCAAAGUUCAAUUGGCUCAACUCUCGUGUAGAAUUUUGUGAGGAGCUUUUAAAACAAUUGACGAUGGACAAACACGGACCACCGCAGCCUGGUUUUGGACCACCACCUCCCGGUUUCGUACCACCUCCUCCGUACACCGAUGGACAUCAGCACCCACCGCAAGGACCGCCACCACAAAUCGGGCCGAAUGUUGUUUUCGUACAGCAACCGGCUUUCGGUCCGGACACUCAGCCAAUGACUUGUCCCCAUUGUCGAGCCAGCAUCUCGACGAGAGUGAUAAACGAGACGAGCACGAAGACUCACUUGUUUGCUCUUCUGCUCUGCCUCAUAGGAUGCUGGCCCUGCGCGCCUUGCCCUUACUGCACGGAUAGCUGUUUGACUAAGAAGCAUUACUGCCCAGCGUGCAACGCGUUCCUUGGACAGUACGAAAACUGAACGGGAGGAGAAAAAAAUCGACUCGCUUUAUAUUGCAGCUGCGAUCGCACUUCACUACAAAAAGAGAAAAGAAAAAAAAACGAAAAAGAAACUCAAACAAAAAGUUUGCACAGGGCCUAAACUCGUAUUCGCAUUUUUGGGCCAAUGAGAUUUGAGAAUUACGCUUUCGUCGAUUAUUUCUUGUAAUCUCCGAAAAGUACUGGUGCCUCCUGAUCCCAUUUUGAUGAAGAGUCCUGAUAUUCCACAACGAGUUAAAAUAUGAUUCACGAGUAUUUUUAGUUAUGGCGGAGUUUCAUUUUCGAAACAAAAGAUCGUUAUAGCCAUCAGUUUUCCAGAAAUCAUUGAAAAGUUUUUUUCCAAAAAUCCGUCUGACCCGAGAAUCCCGCGAUUCAAUAGUUGUCACAUUUUCGUAAUUGCUUUUCAUUUUUAUUUCUUUAUUGCCUUGCUACAGCCAGUCUGUUAAUGGAAAAAAAUGAAAGAUUUACUAUAGAAAUACUGAGCCAAACGCAAAAGAUGAACAGCAGUAAAAAAUAUAUAUUUGUACAAUAAUUUUACGAAAAUUCAUCAGAAACCAGAGAAGGGCAUUUCGCAAUAUUUCAUCAUGAGUUAACCGUUAUUAACCUGCUGGUGUCUGCAGCCUUCCGGCAAACAGAUACCCGGUUCUGUGAUCGUCCAACGUCUUUUUUAUUUCUUCAUUUUUCCUCAAAUUCAUCGAGCGUACAAUGUUAUCGCGCGAUAAAGCACUACAUUUUUCGACGAGUAAAGUCUAAUAGGCUCAUGUAUCAUCGAUAAUAUGAUUAUCGAGACAAGAAGAACGAGUUGAAAAAAAACAAUAAAAGAUCGACGUAAGACUUUGAUAAGAUCGCAUUACUCUGCCACCGAAUUCUCGCGUUAAUUCGAAGAAGCAAAACAGUUUGUGUUUUCGCGCGCGCGUGUGUUUGUGUAUAUGUGUAUGUGUGUGUGUGUGUGUGUGUAUAAAGAUCUCAAUGAUACAAACGCAGCAUAAGAAUCAUCACAAAUAAUCAAUAAGAAAAACAAAGGGACGAAAAAUUCUUACAACAGCUCGUCGCACGAUUUAUGCAGCUGGUAUUUUGAGGGUUUUCGCGUUUGUGCACUGCUGAUUGAUCUUACGUUUCCUUUCUAUCUCGGCAUUUAAUAUCAUUUUUUAAUAAUGGACAUAUAUACAUAAAUAAAAUGAUGAUACAAAUGAAAAAUAUAUAUCUAUAUUGUUUAUGCAUAAUUGUGUCAAUUAAAAAUGAUGCAAUUUCAACUUGCAAGUGUUUUAAAAACAAAGAAAAGUAUCUUGUGUGCCGCGUAGAUCAAAGCCUUGUACUUAUAGUGGAGGAAAACUCAUAAAAUGCAAUGGGACAGAUUGAAAGUAUAUUACAUGUUACCAAAUGUGUAAAAAGCAUUUUUUAAACUUUGACAACACUUCAUGUGUAUUAUGAGGUGUUAUGAACUUCGGCGAUGCUGUUUUUUGGCAUAUGAUCUAUUAUCUUGAAACAAAACGAAGAAAAUUUUUAAAUAUAUCCAUUUUUCUAUGUGUGCAUUAAUUAUAUGAAUAUUUUUAUGGCUUAUUUUGGUGUUUAUUGAUUAUUUGUAAACUUUCAAAAUUAUUCUUUUAUAAUAAAAAGUAUCUUUAAAUACA